GCGGAGUCGCCGGGCGAGGAGCGCGCGCCGUCGCCCCCAUGGAGCGGUACAAAGCACAGGGGUGUUGCUGCCUGGUGGUACAGAGAAGGAUCCUGCAGGUUUCUGCUUCCCUGGAGCAGCUGCUGACAGAGCUGGAGGACUUUCUCAAGAUCCUGGAUCAGGAGAACCUGAGUAGCACAGCCCUGGUGAAGAAGUGUGGCCUGGCCGAGCUCCUCCGGCUCUACACCAAGAGCAGCAGUUCUGAUGAGGAGUAUAUUUAUAUGAACAAAGUGACUGUCAACAAGCAACCAAAUGCUGAGUCCCAAGACAAAGCACCUGAGGAGCAGAAGCCACUGGCUAAUGGGGAGCCUGCCCAGCACUCCUCACCUCCUCAGAAGAGUCUUCCAGACCUUCCACCACCCAAGAUCAUUCCAGAACGGAAACAGCUCUCCAUCCCAAAGAUCGAGUCUCCAGAGGGUUACUAUGAAGAGGCUGAGCCAUAUGACAUGUCCCUCAAUGAGGACGGAGAGGCCGUGAGCAGCUCCUACGAGUCCUACGACGAGGAGGAGAGCAGCAAGGGCAAGUCGGCACCGCACCAGUGGCCCUCGCCGGAGGCCAGCAUCGAGCUGAUGCGUGAUGCCCGCAUCUGCGCCUUCCUGUGGCGCAAGAAGUGGCUGGGACAGUGGGCCAAGCAGCUCUGCGUCAUCAAGGACACCAGGCUCCUGUGUUACAAAUCCUCCAAGGACCACAGCCCGCAGCUGGACGUGAAUUUGCUGGGCAGCAGCGUUGUUCACAAGGAGAAGCAAGUGCGGAAGAAGGAACACAAGUUGAAGAUCACGCCAAUGAAUGCAGACGUGAUCGUGCUGGGCCUCCAGAGCAAGGACCAAGCUGAGCAGUGGCUCAGGGUCAUCCAGGAGGUGAGUAGCCUGCCUUCAGAAGGAGCGUGCGAGGGGAACCAGUACACCCCAGACGUCCCACGCCUGAACUGCCAGAAGGCAGACAUACCGGAGAAGUACCUGUCGGGCUCAGAGUAUGGCAGCUCUGUGGAUGGCCCCCCAGAGGUCCCAGACACCAAAGAUGUCAAGAAGAAGUCUUCUGCUGGCCUCAAACUGAGCAAUCUCAUGAACCUGGGCAGGAAGAAAUCCACCUCGCUGGAGCCUCCGGAAAGGUCCCUCGAGACAUCCAGCUACCUGAACGUGCUGGUGAACAGCCAGUGGAAGUCGCGCUGGUGCUCCGUCAGGGACAGCCACCUGCACUUCUACCAGGACCGGAACAGGAGCAAGGUGGCCCAGCAGCCCCUCAGCCUGGUGGGCUGCGAGGUGGUCCCAGACCCGAGCCCCGACCACCUCUACUCCUUCCGCAUCCUCCACCACGGCGAAGAGCUGGCCAAGCUGGAGGCCAAGUCUUCCGAGGAGAUGGGCCACUGGCUCGGCCUACUGCUGUCCGAGUCGGGCUCCAAGACAGACCCGGAAGACUUCACCUACGACUACGUGGAUGCGGACAGGGUUUCCUGUAUUGUCAGUGCGGCAAAAAACUCUCUCCUGCUGAUGCAGAGAAAGUUCUCGGAGCAGAACAUGUACAUCGAUGGCUUGCCCAGCCAGGCCCACGAGGAGCUGCUGUAUGACGACGUGGAGAUGGCUGAGCUGACAGCAGUGCAGGUGGAACCCCCCGAGGAAGCCGCUCCUGUAACAGGUGCUGAGAACGAGGCCGACCGAUUGUACCUGGACCUCACACCUGUUAAGUCCUUCCUGCACAGCCCAGUUGGUGCCCAGGCCCGAGCCUCCUCCCCUACGCUGCCUCUCCUGGAACUCCCAGCUGAUGUCCUCUUCCGCCCUAGCUUAGAUGAGGCUCUUGUGAAGUCUUCAGAGACUCCCGAGUUACAGAUGCAGGGGCUGAGUCCCGAGCCUGGGGAGCCUUCCCUGCGAAUCACAGCAGUCAAAAUCCAGACUGAACAACAGAAAAUCUCCUUCUCACCAAGCUGCCCUGAUGCUGUAGCUGUCACCCCAGUCGGGCCCAGCUCACCCGUGAAAGACAGGUUGAAGACCACCUCUGCAGAGAUCAAACUUGGCAAGAAUCGGACAGAGGCUGAGGUGAAGCGGUACACCGAGGAGAAGGAGCGGCUCGAGAAGCAGAAGGAAGAAAUCCGGGGGCACCUGGCCCAGCUUCGGAAAGAGAAGCGGGAGCUGAAGGAGACUCUGUCAAGAUGUACAGACAAGGGCAUCCUGGCCGGCCUGGAACAGAAGCUGAAAGAAAUUGAUGAGGAGUGCCGGGUGGAGGAGAGCAAGCGUGUGGACCUUGAGCUCAACAUUGUGGAGGUGAAGGACAACCUGAAGAAGGCAGAGGCUGGGCCGGUGACCCUGGGCACCACAGUGGACACCACCCACCUGGAGACCGCAAGCCCCCGCCCCAAAGCUGCCACCCCUGCCCCCGACUCUACGCCAGUCAACUCCGCAACAGCCCUUAAGAACAGGCCUCUUUCGGUCAUGGUCACUGGCAAAGGCACCGUCCUGCAGAAAGCCAAGGAAUGGGAGAAGAAAGGAGGAAGUUAGGAAACAAGCUUCACCUAAAGACUUUCCUGGGGAUAUGGAUGUCGGUGACAAUCCUGCUUCAUUAACGUCUUGGUUAAAGCAGCAACUUUGUGAGAGGGUAAGUCUGUCUGGAGGAAAAAGCAAUGACUGGGGGACAGUGAAUAAAGCCCUUCAGCUAAGAGGAGGCUCUGUCCUUUUCAGAGCCAAAGGAAAUGAUACAACAAAAAAAGCAGGCUGCUUUGGAGACCUAAAUCUAUUGAAUGCAAACAAGACGUUGCAGUACUUAGGGCUGUUGUUUUUCAUCUUUGAAGUUUUUGUCAAUUGCUUUAUCAAGCUUGUGAUGCUGAGACUUUGGAGGAAAAAAAACAAUAGCAGGGCCCUAGUCCACUGGCCACAAGGCUUUAGUGGCCAAGGAGAACUAAAAAUCCUGACUCAUCUCUUGUCUACGACUCAGCCUUCGAGUUUAAUUUUCCCCAAGGUUUGGAGGACCAACUCCUCUUCCACGGUCAUCAACAGCAUUGCUGGCACCUGUGUGAAGCCAUCAAUGACAAGUUUUGAAAAGUGGUCAUAGGAAAAUAUUUGGGACCAAGCAGUGGCACUAAGUUAAGGACUUUUUUAGCCGAAAGCAGGCGUGAAUCAACUGUUUAAUAAAAUUUUAAGUGAUGUUGUUACAUUAUAUUAAAGUGUUUAAAAUCAUGUAAUUUAGGACAGUUUAAAGUAUCUUGAGAUUUAACUGACUUUGUAUCUUACCUGGGGCGGGGUAGGGUGGGGGGGGAGAGCAUGAUGUUUACAGAUCCAGCCCUAUGGCCAGACCAUUUUUAAGGAAAGAGCAAUUUAAUAUAAUGCUCUUAUUCCCUGUUUGUUUUUUUUUAACUCGUGCUUAAUGUCUAGGUCCGUCCCUUCUAAGCAAAAAUGGUCAAAUUUGGUUUCUUCUGCCCCUGUCUUCUAAUGGCAUUGUUUUUUAACACAGGUUGAAACAUUUCAUCUACUAUCUCUGCCCCUAUCUCUGGGGGUUCUCAGCAUUCCUUCACACUGGGUCUGAGAACUAAAGAUUUUUUUCUUAUUGUCUAAUCCCAGGGCAUUUAUUUCCUUUGUCAUAAACCCCUGAUGGUGAGUUAAUUUUUUAAUAAAAUGUUAAUUGUAUUUUGGGUUUUCCU